GCAGGCUGAGUUUGCCUCUGGCUGCUCUAUUGUUGCCGGUAGCUGUGAUUUUUCAGGCAGGCUGCUUCUCUGAGGACCAGCCUUAACUGUCUACCUAACUGAUUUUUCCUUUUCUUCUCGUCUUUUGUAUUUCUGUGUCAGUGUGUUACGUAUUUAUAUACACUUGGAGAUAUGGUAAAAUGCACCUCUCACUGUGGGUUCCCAUAAAUUCUGUAAAUUUGAGAAACACUCUUUCAGGCCUGAGAGGAGCAGUGACACAGUAGGGAUGAUCAAGUCAGAUGUCCCUGGUACCCAGGAAUGGCUGGAUGAGAGAAGGAGACAGGGUGACCUGCCCCUGCCUACAAGCUCUAACCCAGCUCUGUCCCUGAAGCUGUGUGACCCCGGACAAGGCCCUGCCCCUUUCCAGGCUGUUGUUGUCCUCAUCCAGCCUGGGACAGGGUUGGCGCUGAGGCCCCCACCUUCUUGCCUGUUUCCUCCUGACCCCGCCCCCUCCCCUCCUGCUGAGCAGAUCCGAGUGAAACCUGACAGGACCGGUGUGGUCACAGAUGGUGUGAAGCACUCCAUGAACCCCUUCUGUGAGAUCGCAGUGGAGGAGGCUGUGCGGCUCAAGGAGAAGAAGCUGGUGAAGGAGGUCAUCGCCGUCAGCUGUGGGCCUGCACAGUGCCAGGAGACCAUUCGUACAGCCCUGGCUAUGGGUGCAGACCGAGGUAUCCACGUGGAGGUGCCCCCAGCAGAAGCAGAACGCUUGGGUCCCCUGCAGGUGGCUCGGGUCCUAGCCAAGCUGGCAGAGAAGGAGAAGGUGGACCUGGUGCUGCUGGGCAAGCAGGCCAUCGAUGAUGACUGUAACCAGACAGGGCAGAUGACAGCUGGAUUUCUGGACUGGCCACAGGGCACAUUCGCCUCCCAGGUGACGCUGGAGGGGGACAAGUUGAAAGUGGAGCGGGAGAUCGACGGGGGCCUGGAGACCCUGCGCCUGAAGCUGCCAGCUGUGGUGACAGCUGACCUGAGGCUCAACGAGCCCCGUUAUGCCACGCUGCCCAACAUCAUGAAAGCCAAGAAGAAGAAGAUCGAGGUGAUCAAGCCUGGGGACCUGGGCGUGAACCUGACCUCCAAGCUCUCCGUGAUCAGCGUGGAGGACCCGCCCCAGCGCACGGCCGGCGUCAAGGUGGAAACCACUGAGGACCUAGUGGCCAAGCUGAAGGAGAUUGGGCGGAUUUGAGCCCCUCCCAGAGAUGGCAAUAAAACUGACUCUCAACGUCUA